UUGCGUCUAUUUCUUAAUUUUUAACCUUUUCCAAAUUAAACGUAUCAAAAUUAAUGUGAUUAUGUUUCCCAGGGAACGUGUACGUAAUCCCAAUCAACGUCUGAUACCUUUGACGCCACAAUUAAUACAGGAUAUGUUGGAGCACGAGAACCUUGAGUAUCAAACGCCACCUGGCGGUCAUCGUCGCAGUAGCAUAAAUCAGAAAAUUGCCGAUAAAUUGAAAAAAAAUCAAAUUAUUUUCACAAAAAGACAGGAGAAAAUGAAUCGCAAGACGCAGAAAAGAACAGAUUUAGAAUCUGAAGCUGAAAUUGAGAAAACAAGGAACCAGAAAAAUUCUUUGGAUGUACUACUUCCUGCCAGGACCCUUCUCAGUUCUAGUAGUGAUAAAGCAGCCACACUGAAGGGUCUUAUAAAAAAAAGCUCCAAAUUUGUGACAAAGUCGCGUAUUAAACGCCUUGAUAGGUUCAGCGAUGAACAAAGUGCGAAAAGAUGCUCAAGGGGAGUGCAGUGUAUUAAGACACCGACAAGGCGACUUCUCUACACCUCAAGUUCCGAAAGUGCAAUGUCCUUUCGAUCAGGACAAACGAAGGAAGUACACAAUAAUGGCAUGUAUAAUUACCAUGUUAUGCAUCAGUGUUGGAUUAACGCAUUCGUAGUUCCCAAAUCGAGAACAUCCUUUCUACUUAAUCGACACAAGUUACAAAACUUUAGAACUUAUUUUAAAAAUUAACAGAAAAAUAUAAUAA